GAUUUUGACAAUGUCAUGCAGACGUACCGAAUCCUUCAUAUCAACCAUGCUGGCUAUCAAAUAUGUAUCGACAGUAACUGUUGAAAAGCAUUUAGCGUAUUUUGAAAGCAUGUGUUAUUUUUUAGUUGCAGUUAUUUCGGAUAAUUCGAUUGUUCGGAUAGAUUUUUGAAUGAAGUUCAUUCGCAGUUGACCAAAAACCUUUUUCAGCUCCUGCCCUUUUUCUGCUAACACUUAAACUGGUGACUGGUUUUGGUGCAGAAACAGAAUGAAAAUGUCAUGGUGCAAGCUUUACGCCUUACGAAAGUUCUCCACUGCAUUGCCUUCCAAGCAGCAAUCACUGGCCAGAUUGAAUGAAAUCAACAUUCAGUUGCUGCCAGAAACUCUUCAUAAACAGAUAUUCAAAGAAGUAGGCAAAGUCAGUGAAGUGAAGCAAGAUAAUACGACGGGGAGCAAUUCCUCUCCUUUGGAACAAGAGGUGAAGGUCGUUAGAUCCCUGGACUCAGACCAGUUGAAACUAGUUCAAAGCCAUUUGAAGAAACACAAUCUAUGGGAUAAAAAUGUUCCACUUAAGCCCAAUAUAGAGUUGCAAUUACCCGAAUUUGAAGGGGAUGACAUAGGGAAACAUUUCCGCAGUAUUGCCUCACAGCAAGUCGACAGCUACAAGGCAUUGGCACAGCGACUCUGUGGCUGUGAAAUACCAAGGAAACCUGCAGAGUGGGCUCUUAUGCCAGGAUGGGUCCGGUAUGGGGCAGAUGGGAUACCAGAGCCGGUAGAGUACCCACCUGACGAUGUCCUUGUGUUUGACGUGGAGGUCGUAGUUGAGGAGGGAAAUUACCCUACCAUGGCAACAGCCGUGUCUGAUAAAUACUGGUAUUCUUGGUGCUCUGACUAUCUAGUGGCAGAUAAGUUUCGCUGGGCUUCAAAAGGAAUCGAGCUUGAUGACUUAAUUCCUUUGGAAACAAGGCUGGGGUCAACAUCUGGGAUUUCUAGUACGCCACGCCUUGUAAUGGGUCACAAUGUGGCAUUUGACCGGUCCUUUGUCAGGGAACAAUAUCUUUUAAAGAAAUCGCGGAUGCGGUUCUUGGACACCAUGUCGUUGCACAUUGCUAUAUGCGGCUUGACAAACUUUCAGCGUGUUCUAUACAAGGCAGCUAAGACUGACAGCUUGACAAAACCAAUCCUUGACUAUAAGCUGAAACAGAAGCAAUGGGGUUCACUAACUAGUGAUGACUGGAAGAUGAUAAGUUCCAUGAACAAUCUGUCUGACGUGCACCAGCUACAUGUGGGUGGUGAGAGACUGGACAAGGACCCCCGCAACAUAUUCUUGGAGGGAACCAUGCAGGACGUGCGGGACAACUUCCAGAACUUGAUGUUGUACUGUGCCAAUGAUGUGGUGGCCACAUAUGAAGUGUUCAAGGCGUUGUGGCCAGAGUUCUGUGAGAGGUUUCCCCAUCCAGUAACUUUAGCGGGCAUGUUUGAAAUGUCGACUGGUUACCUACCAGUGAACCAGAACUGGCAGCGUUAUGUAAACCAGUCAAACACUGUGUAUGAAGACAUGCAGAACCAACUGAAACAGCUCCUAAUGCGACUAGCUAACGAUGCUUGCAAAUUGUUGGCCACUGAACAGUACAAGGCUGACCCUUGGCUCUGGGACCUGGACUGGACUGUGAAGCCUUUCAGACUCAAGAAACAGAAACCAUUGACCAAGAAGCAGCAGGCAGCCUUAGAACAGAAGCAGCAGACAGGAAGUAAUGAGGAGGAGGUUUCCUGCAUUGUGGAAGUGUUGGCCCAACAAGACAGACAUAGUAAAGUUGGGAACCGAUACGUGGGAUAUCCUGAAUGGUUCAAGGAGCUGUGUGCAAACCCUGCUGACGCAGACUGGCGCCCAGGCCCCAGUGGGGUCAGCCCCCAGACCCGCGUGACCCCUAAACUGCUGCGGCUCACCUGGGAUGGUUAUUUGCUUCACUUUGACGACAACCACGGCUGGGGUUACCUGGUGCCCGGUCGUCAUGACAACUUGUUGACGUCUGAAGAAUUGGAAAUGAUGGCAGAAGGGAAAGAACUCCCUAUUGAGCGGUUGUUUCCUUAUCAGCAAAUGUGUGAGUUAAUGAAUUUCACAUUCACUGAAAAUCCUGGAGAAGAACUCAGUGAGAACAAAACAGAUAAAAUCGAGCAGAAGACUGAUGUUGAUGAGAUCGAGUCAGAUGUUGAGACUCAAGACUCGGACCCGGUGUGGGCGUACGAUGACGUUAGCGACUCACAGACAGAGGAGCACCUGAUGGGUGCGAUGAAGCAUGCCCUCGACACCAAACCGCGGGACAAGUACCAGAAACUGCAGGACUUAAAAGAGCCUCCGAAAAAGAGACGAGUCCCUAAAACUGACUGCCCCUAUCACACUGGAGACGGACCUUAUGACAGUGUGAACAUACCAGGCUGCUGGUUCUUCAAGAUUCCACACAAGGAUGGCAAGGGUAAGAGGGUAGGCAACCCCCUGGCCAAAGACUAUCUCAAUUACCUGGAGGACAAGACCCUGUCAGCGCAGUCAGGGCCCGGCGCCGACACAGUGCUGAAACUGGCCAAGGCAUGCAGUUACUGGAAGAACAACCAGAAGAGGAUUGAGGGUCAGAUGGCAGUUUGGUUGAAGGAUAAGGAACUCCCACUAGAAAUAAGAAGGUCUGACAAGUACAUAGAGGGCAGUGAUCUGGGGGCCAUAAUUCCACGCAUCAUUCCAGCGGGGACCAUCACCCGCCGUGGCGUUGAACCCACUUGGAUGACUGCCAGCAACGCAUAUACAGACCGUAUCGGCAGUGAGUUGAAGGCCAUGGUGCAGUCCCCACCUGGAUACUGUUUUGUUGGUGCAGAUGUAGAUUCACAGGAACUCUGGAUUGGGGCGGUCCUUGGGGAUGCCCACUUUGCCAAAACACACGGUUGUACGGCCCUGGGCUGGAUGACCUUGCAGGGUAACAAGAAGGACGGGACUGACCUCCACAGCAUGGUAGCCAAGACUGUCAACAUCUCCAGGGACCAUGCUAAGGUGUUCAAUUAUGGGCGUAUUUACGGGGCUGGUCAGACCUUUGCCGAGAAGCUUCUGCUGCAGUUUAAUCAUCGCAUGACGAGUGAAGAGGCCAAACAGAAGGCUCAGAUAAUGUUCUCAACUACCAAGGGACGCAGGAGCUUCAAGGGUAAGACUUGGGUAGGCGGGAGUGAGAGCGCAAUGUUCAACAGGCUGGAGGAGAUAGCCAAUAGGACAGAACCCAGAACUCCCGUGCUCGGAUGUCGUAUCAGCAAGGCUCUAGAGCCUGACAAUGUGCUCGAUGAAUUCAUGACAAGUCGUAUCAACUGGGUUGUCCAGAGCUCCGCUGUGGAUUACCUGCACCUGAUGUUGGUCUGCAUGAAUUGGCUCUGUGAGAAGUACGACAUCAACGCACGCUUCUCCAUCAGCAUCCACGAUGAAGUCAGGUACCUGGUGUUGGAGGAAGACAGAUAUCGGGCUGCGCUGGCGCUGCAGAUCACCAACCUCCUCACUCGCGCCAUGUUUGCCCACCGCCUCGGCAUCAAAGACCUGCCGUUGUCGGUUGCAUUCUUCAGUGCCGUGGAUAUUGACCAGUGCCUGCGCAAGGAGGUCUCCAUGGACUGUGUCACUCCUUCCAAUCCUCAUGGUCUCCUUAAGGGAUACCAGAUACCCAUAGGUGAAGCCCUUGACAUCCAUGAGAUCCUGAAGAAGACAGAUGGUUUGCUGACAAAGACUGUGUCAGGGAGCGGAGAAGAUGCUCACUUGUUGACUACAAGUUGCUGAUAAAUGUGUUGAAUUGCAGAAAUGUAGUGCUUAAUAAAGACAGUAUUAAAAGAAUUGACUAUGUGUGUUCAUGUUAUAUGUAAUCUAGACUAACUCAUUGCUGUAGAAGAAUCAAGGUAAAUAGAUCUAAUUGUCUAGUUUGCAUCUGUAAUGAUCCUGAUUGCAUCAAUAACUAUUGUAAAGUGGAACAUUAUUGUUUAAUGUUUUUGACACAAGAGGUGGUCUCUGUUGUUUUCAGCGUUAAUACUUUGCUUUUGCUUUGAUUUCAUCCGAACGGAGUCUCAGCGAUAACAAACUGAAAACUACUGUCUCAUUUGUGUAGUGUUAGGGUUAUUAAACAUGAAAGUUGACCAAAUUAACGGACCUUGAUGUUUGCUUGUAUGUUUUUACCUUACCAGCGCACAACAUGCACAUUUAAAGUUUGGUUAUAAAAUUUUAUCAAUCAUG